CUUAGUAGGAGUAUAAAUUCUUCUUUCUGGGGUUUAUGCCUUUUUCCCCAAAACAGCGAGUGAAGAAAAAAUUUCAGUGAACUCUAGAAGAGAAAAUCGAACUUCCCCAAAUCUUUUGGAACGGAGCAGCGAUCGGAGCAAAGACAGUGGGUGGUAGUGAAAGAGUAGAGGAAGAAUCAAGAAUGGGAAGCCAACCUGCACAAAUUCCGACCAGUUUUGGGCAUGAACUGAGAGCUUGUCUCCGUUGCCGUCUUGUUAAAACUUAUGACCAGUUUAGGGAAUCAGGAUGCGAGAACUGUCCUUUCUUCAAGAUGGAUGAAGAUCAUGAGCGUGUAGUGGACUGCACUACUCCAAAUUUUACUGGUUUAAUCUCUGUCAUGGAUCCAACGAGGAGUUGGGCAGCUCGAUGGCUUCGAAUUGCACGGUAUGUCCCUGGUUGUUACACACUUGCUGUAUCUGAGGCACUUCCAGAAGAUUUGCAGAAUCUUUGUGAGGAUGAACAUAUCCCGUAUGCUCCUCCAAAACGCAUCUGAUCCAACAAACCAGCAAUGAAAACAUCAGCAGAUUUUGGGUUUUGACAUGGGAAGUACUCCCAUUUUGCAGCGUCAAAGUAAAUCCCGGGACAAAUGUUAUGUAAUUAAGAUAACGAAUUACUGAAAUUAUCAUUAACCCCCCUAAUCUGGAAACUAAACAUGUUUUAUGUCUGAAUAUCUCUCUGUUAUCUGUGUUUGCAUGCUCAUCUGGUGAACUCUCAUGUAUUGAUGUUGUGUUUAUGUGACACUAAAAUUUUGUGGAGA